AUGGAAUGGCGGGACGAGAAGAAGGCACUGCUUGCGACGAUCCAGAGGCAAGAACAGGAGGCUGUGGCGCUCGCCAGACGUUUCAAGCUACUAGAGCAAACGUUAAAGGAGCAGCAGAAACUGCUGGAUAGAUACCAGCGUGCGCUCUGGGCUGUUCGAGCCAAGUCCCCCUCCUUAGCAGCAAAAGUGUCAACAAUUGACAAGAAAAGAAAUCAAUCACCUUUGAUAAAACCCAAAACGUGUAAAAAACCCAGAAUUGAAACGACUGAAAUUGGCAACAAGUCAUUUUCAAUGGAACAGACGUGGGUGAAGAAGAAAAAGACAUCAGAUUUAGAGACGAGUGUUGAAGUUCUUAUACCACUUCAAGUUAAGGAAAAGAUUGACGAGAAGAAGACGACAAUUUUCAAGCCAAUUGUUCAAAAACGCAACCGCGGUUUGGCUUCUACAUGGGCAGAAGAAAAGCAAAAGAUGUUAAAGAAGUCCAAGUGGGAACAGAAUCUCGAACUGGCAGCAAUAGGACCAUCUGACAAGGUAAAUCUUCAGGUAGACCAGACGUCAGACCGACCAAAAUCUUUUGCGUACAUUGAAGUGGUGCGGAAUAAAGAGGAGAGAAAAGCUCUCUUGGGUCAUGAUUGCAUCGAGUGCAAGAAAUACUACGAUGCACUUGGAGAAAUUGGGACUGUUGAUGCGGCGGCGCAGAAACACAAGUGUUCACGUCAUCGUGCGAGGUUCGAACCGUACCAGACACCUGACGAUUUCUGGAGGUUAAGCUUUCCUGACUCGGAACCUCAAUAA